AUCCACGAGGAGCCGCCGCCACAUGCUGGCCCCCGCGCUUGUCCACUGGCGAAAACCGCAGCUCAAUCCUCGAGUGCCGCUCCUGCUUCACUCGAUGCGCUGUCCCGAUUUCCCCCGACGUCGACAUACGUCGCCUUGAGAUAAACAUGAAGAGAGGAUAGCGCUAGAGAAGGAAGGAAGGAAGGAAGGAGAGAGCUCGUGAAGGUUUAUCCGGGAUGCAGACCGAGACGCAGUUCUCUUCGGCUGCCAUGAAGAGAACCAGCGACUGGAUCCGUUCACAAGAAUUCCCAAGCGAUAUUACCAUCCAAGUUGGGGAUGGCACCUUCAACCUGCACAAGGCGCACUAGCAUUGAUCAACCGUUCCUGCAGCUCCCAUUGGCAUCUAAAUGCGGCUACAUAAGGAAGCUGGUGUCCGGCGCCAACGGGUCCCGUGUCACCCACCUGGAGAUCCCGGGCUUACCCGGCGGCGCCAAGGCGUUCGAGCUUGUCAUCAAGUUCUGCUACGGCGCCAACUUCGAGAUCACGGCGGACAACGUGGCCAUGCUGCGCUGCGCGGCCGAGCACCUGGAGAUGACGGAGGAGUGCAAGCCGGGGAACCUGAUCGGCCGUGCCGAGGCGUACCUGGAGGAAGUGGCGCUCGCGAGCCUUGCCGGCUCCGUGGCCGCGCUCCGGGCGUCCGAGGAGCUCCUGCCGGCGUCCGAGCGCGUGCAGCUCGUCGGCCGGUGCGUCGACGCCAUCGCGCUCAUCGCCUGCGACGGCGGCGAUGGCUACGAGAGCGGCGUGGUGAGCGUGCCGGCGAAGGCGGCGGUCGAUGACUGGUGGGCCGACGAGCUGACGGCGCUAAGGAUCGACACGUUCCAGAGGGUCAUGAUCGCCAUGAAGGCCAGGGGGUUCAAGGGCAUCGCCUUGGGGACCUUGAUCAUGCUCUACGCUCAGAAGUCCCUGCGUAGGCUGGACGUGAACGGGAGGGAGAGGAAGAAGAUGGACCCGCGGCAGGAGCACGAGAAGCGGGUGGUGCUGGAGACGAUUGUGAGCCUGCUGCCGAGGGAGAAGAACACCAUGUCGGUGAGCUUCCUGUCGAUGCUGCUCCGGGCCGCGAUCUACCUGGACACGUCGCUGGCGUGCCGGCUGGACCUGGAGGCCCGGAUGGCGGCCCAGCUGGGCCAGGCCGUUCUCGACGACCUCCUCAUCCCGUCCUCCGCCUCGCCCGACGCCGACGGCGGCGCCGCGGCGUUCGACGUGGACGCCGUGCAGAGGAUCCUGGUCGGGUACCUGGAGCACCACGAGGGCGGCGGCGAGGCGACGGCGGCAAUGGCAAUGGCCCCGCGCGGGCUGGACUACAACACGGACGACGACUUCGUGUCCGUGGCCUCGCCGCCGCCCACCGACGUCGCGCUCGUCGGGAGGCUCAUGGAGAGCUACCUGGCCGAGAUCUCCUCCGACGCCAACCUCCCCGUCGACAAGUUCGUCGCCCUCGCCACGCUCAUCCCAGAGCGCGCCCGGUUCAACGAGGACGGCAUGUACCGCGCCAUCGACAUCUACCUCAAGGCGCAUCCGGGCCUGGGCGAGGGGGAGAGGAAGAAGGUGUGCGGGGUGAUGGACUGCCAGAAGCUGUCGCGGGAGGCAUGCGCGCACGCGGCGCAGAACGACCGGCUGCCGGUGCAGACGGUGGUGCAGGUGCUCUACCACGAGCAGCGCCGCCUCCGGGCCUCGCAGACGCCCUCGCACUCGCAGGCGCCGUCCUAUGCCGGAGGGGGAGGGGAGUCCCCGGCGCUCUCCUACAAGCCGAGCUUCAACGGGCGGGACCGGAGCGCGCCCUCGCCAUCGUCGUCCAGCGAGAUGUCGCGGCUGCAGCGGGAGAACGACGAGCUAAGGCUGGAGCUGAUGCAGAUGAAGAUGCGCCUCAGGGACCCCUCGGCGGCCCCGCCGGUCGCUGCUGGCAGAGGCGGCGCUCCGGCGUCCGGGAAGCCGCCGCUGCCGAAGAAGCAGGGCGGUGCUGGCGGCGGCGGCGGAGGAGGGUUCAUGAAGAAGCUCGGGCGGCUCAACCCGUUCGUGCGCGACUCCGUGGGCGGCGCCAAGGUCCGCGCGAAGCCGCCCAAGGAUCGGAGGCACUCCAUUUCUUAGCUUCGUUCGCCCUUCCCCGGUUACAAAUAUACGUAGUACUGUACAUAUUGUAAUGUGCGUCCUGUAAGUUCCGACGAAGAAACUCGGAUCAUGGUGAGUACAGUAAGAUUUUUGGAACUCUUGUUCAGUGUACAGCUCUGUGCCACUGUAAAGUGAGCUGGUCACUUUCUAGUGUCUACUACCAUACCACAUAGUACCUUUGGAUUGGAAGUAUUUAGCCAUUUAAUGUGAUCGAAAACCAUUCCCCUC